UGGAGGCAAACAAAGUGAUUGUAACCCUUCCUCCAGGGUGAACAUUUUAAACAAACACCUAUAGAAGGAACCAUAGAUUGACUUAUUCUCCCUCCCCGCCCGUGCUGGGGGAGUGUCCUCGCUCCUCCUGUAUAAAACCCAACACACCCACCAGCCGUAGAGCAUGCAGAGAGAGUCACGGUGUUAGACCGACAGAGAGAGAGAGAGAGGAGACUGGCAGUAUCCCAGAGUGUGUGAAAGUAAAGCGCUUGUGUUUUUGGAUAUUACAGAUACCGCAGAACAUCACUCACAAACUUAUCUCCGCUCUAGCAUGAGUUCACCAGUAUCCCUGGAUUAAUCGGACUUGCAGCCUACUUGCAAAGCGCAAGUUCGCUCGCACUUAUUCGAGGACGAAUCGCGCACAGAAAACAACGAUGGAGAGGAGCAUCCCGGGAUGGUGUGUGCUGUUAACCCUUGUCUUGCACGGAACGCGCUGCAUGGCGGCCAAGGAGCUCCAGUGCCAGGAGAUCUCCGUGCCUCUGUGCAAAGGCAUCGGCUACAACUACACAUACAUGCCCAACCAGUUCAACCAUGACACGCAGGACGAAGCCGGCCUGGAGGUGCACCAGUUUUGGCCGCUGGUGGAGAUAAAGUGUUCCCCGGACUUGCGCUUCUUCCUCUGCAGCAUGUACACACCGAUCUGUCUAGAGGACUACAAGAAGCCCCUGCCGCCGUGCAGGAGCGUGUGUGAGCGGGCCAAAGCUGGCUGCGCUCCGCUCAUGAGACAGUACGGCUUUCCGUGGCCGGACCGAAUGAGGUGCGACCUGCUGCCCGAGCAAGGCAACCAGGACACGCUGUGCAUGGACUACAACCGCAGCCAGACCACGACUGCCUCUCCUGUGGUGGCGAAGCCGACCAACCGGCCCGUUAAGUCGUUCAACCCCAGGAAAAAGAGCUAUGGUCGCGGCAUCCCCGGGAAACACAAACCAGCAGCUUCCCCGUGUGAGCCGGGAUGUUUCUGCCGCGCGCCCAUGGUGCCGGUGACCAGCGACAGCCACCCGCUGCACAAUCGCGUCAAGACUGGACAGAUCCUGAACUGCGCCAUGCCGUGCCACAAUCCCUACUUUACCCAGGAAGAGAGGACUUUUACCGCCUUCUGGAUCGGCCUGUGGUCCGUCCUGUGUUUCAUCUCCACUUUCGCAACUGUGGCGACUUUCCUAAUCGACAUGGAGAGGUUUAAGUACCCAGAGCGCCCCAUCAUAUUCCUCUCCGCCUGCUACAUGUUUGUGUCAGUUGGAUACAUUGUCAGGCUGAUCGCUGGACACGAGGAAGUGGCCUGCAACAGAGAAAACGGCGCUGAACACAUCCACUAUGAAACCACAGGUCCUGCGCUCUGCACCAUUGUUUUCCUGCUUAUCUACUUCUUCGGCAUGGCCAGCUCAAUCUGGUGGGUGAUACUGUCCCUCACUUGGUUUCUCGCCGCAGGCAUGAAGUGGGGGAACGAGGCCAUAGCCAGUUACGCACAGUACUUUCAUUUGGCCGCCUGGCUCAUCCCCAGCAUGAAGUCAAUAGCAGUUCUGGCUCUGAGCUCUGUGGACGGGGACUCUGUGGCUGGGAUUUGCUACGUAGGCAACCAGAAUUUGGAUAACCUGCGGGGUUUCGUGUUGGCACCACUUGUUAUCUACCUGUUCAUCGGCACCAUGUUUCUGCUGGCUGGGUUCGUUUCGCUGUUCCGGAUCAGGAGUGUAAUUAAGCAAGGGGGGACCAAGACUGACAAACUGGAGAGGCUGAUGAUCCGGAUUGGAGUUUUCACAGUUUUAUACACAGUCCCGGCCACUGUCAUAGUGGCGUGUUACUUUUACGAGCAGCACAACAGACAGACGUGGGAAAUUACGCACAACUGUACAUGCAAGACAGACCCGAACAGGCAGAGGCCGGACUAUGCUGUGUUCAUGCUCAAAUACUUUAUGUGCCUCCUGGUGGGCAUCACCUCGGGAGCCUGGAUCUGGUCCGGGAAAACACUGGACUCCUGGAGAACUUUUUGCACGCGGUGCUGCUGGGGCAGUAAAGCCUCAGCGGGCUCCAUGUACAGUGACGUGAGCACGGGACUGACCUGGAGAUCCGGGACGGCCAGUUCCGUCUCUUGCCCCAAACAGAUGCCACUGUCCCGGGUUUGACCGGAGGAGUUGUCUGUCUCUAGCCCAUGUCAUUUGACACUAAAGACUAAAACCAGCGCAUUUCAGCUCUUUUGAGGACAAAGUGGCGUAAAGACUAAACUGACUUUAUUUGGUAAAUUAUUAAAGUGAGUCACCAAACUGCCAGGUUAGAUGAACCUUUGGUCACGAGCACUCCCCUGAUGUGAACUAUUGCUGGAUUUGUGGUCAUGAUUCACUCUGCUCAUAAAACUUAUAAGGCCAGGUUGGACUUAUACUUAUGGAAAGUGCUCAUUCCUUGCCUUAUCCAAAUGACGUCCAUAGGUUUGAAUAGAGGGGGCUGGGUAGGGGAGGAGGGUGGUGACUAAUUGUGUCGGGAUUGUCCAUCAGCGUGUUGUAAUUAGCACAUUAAUGAACGCCUAAUGGCUUCUCUUUAAAUAAUGAGACUCUCAGCAGCAGAACAAUGUACCUGGCACCAAGAAUGCAGAGUCUUAUCUGGGCUUAAUUGAAUGCAUACAGCUGACAAGAUCCCUUUUGUCGAUAGGUUACAUGGUAUAGCUAAAGCUCUUGUCCUUCUUCACUGUAAAGAACCGCUGUGUCUUAAACAUAAGAUUCACAAUGAGACUGCUCUGCUUGAAAUGAGGCCAUCGCCAUUUUGUCUACAAGAUGGUUUUACAAGUACAUUAAUCAAUGCCUUAAUACUGUCUCAUACGGGUUGCAUUGGCGCGUAAAGUGUAUUUAUAUAAUUAUUGGUGUACAUACAUUGUACAUUUGUAUAUGAAAAUUUACGAGAUUGUAAAUAUGUAUAAUUUCAACUUUGAUAGAAGAUUUUAUUUUGAGAAUAAAACAACUUUUAUUGAAUUUUUA